CUCACUCACACACACACACUCACAGACACACACGCUGCACGUCUAAUACAUCAGCUGCUCUCCUCUGACCGACCGACCGAGCCACGGAGCCGCCGCCGCUGCUGCCACUACUGCUGGAUAUACCGACGAACAAAGGAAGAGCACGAACAGCCGCUCCAUCCUGGGAAAGUCAGUGAUGGUCAGUGCUAGUUAGAGCCUGCGGCAAAGGAUGUCUGCUACAGAUUCGGAUAACUCCAUUGACUGGCUGGCGAGUGACAAUGAGGACAGCGAGAGCGAACGGGAGUUUGACCCGUGUACCAGAACGCACAGCCAGACAGAAGCUCCUCCAACCCCGAGAGCCCUGCCACACCUGGGCCCGUCUGACUGUGAUGUGAAGAAGGGUGACAGGAAGUGGAGGGAGGUCAGGGAGGUCUGCAGCGUGGGAUCCCCCCCUGGUCGCAUGGAGACGUACGACGGCGCCAUUGGACUGUGUAAAACACACGGAGAGAAAACAAAUGGCAGAAACACUCAGCAAGCACUAAAAAGACCUCACAGCUUCACAGAGGACGAGGAGCGCAAGGCACAGCAGCUCAAUUCCAACAUGACAGAGAAAGACCAAUUCUUCACAAGUAAGUGCAUGGACCUACAGUGCUACAUUCAUCCUCUGUCGUUAAUCUUGAAUGGUCUUCGUUCAGGGAGAUACAGAGAACGACUCAGCAGUUUCCAGGAGAGUGUGGCAAUGGACAGGAUUCAGAGGAUCAUGGGUGUCCUGCAGAACCCACGCAUGGGAGAGAAGUAUAUUAAUAUCAUUCUCAAAAUGGAGGAAAUGCUGAAGAGCUGGUUCCCUAACGUAAAACUCCAAAACCAACCGGCCGUCGCACACACAGAGCCAGCCGUACCCACCAAGAGAUCGAAGCUGUCUCCAAUGACCACCACUGCAGCCACAAGCCCUGUCACCACGAGUGAUCCUCCAGCCGCUGCCAAAGCUCUGAGAGUCACCGACCUCACUCCUGGAGCAGCUUACUCUGCCAAUAAUCUGAAGUGGCUCCACACGUCACCCAUCUGCUCCCCCACGGCAGAGCAGGCACAGGCCAGCCCCAAACACCUGCUGUCCCCCAGAGACAGAGACUUAACCCAGGAUAACGCCGUGUCCUCUAGCACGGACACGCACACUAAGACAGACGCGGUGCCCCGAGGCCGUCCACCGGGCAAAAUCAAUGCGCCCUGUCUGGAGAGGCUCCUUAAAUCGACAGAAAGUAUCAUCACCCGCAAGGAGACACGGGGUUUGAUGGACAGCAGCUGGUCCUAGUCCACACAGAGGGCUGGGUGUCCAGCUAUUUGCACUGCACAGCCCAGUCUAGCCUUGCCCACCUUGCCUGGAGCCAGUCAGCUUGCUUCGCCCAUUCCAGCCUUCAGGGGAGACGGUAGCCUUCAGAAGGGACAUGACACUUUCCUCUUAAACGUGGAAAGAGCAUCGACGAACACGUUGUACUCUCUGUGCGGGGGAAUGUGCCCACUCUCACAUGACAAAGUGUCUGCUUAAGUUCCCUUUUGUUGACUUUUGGUUGUUGUUUUUUUUUUUUUUUUUUUCGUUUGCACUUUUGAAUAGUGUGCGUUUGACUUGGCUGAGGCCGAGUGAGCUUGUGACUUCAUAAGUGAGUAGUUCCAACUGGUUUGUAGAUGCAAUAAUACGGUUUGAGUGUCUGUCAAACUGCCACGAUGGUAGAAAGGGAAAGAGCUGCAGGUGUGCGAGUGCUGGAAGGAUGUAUUUUCAAAUAUCCAGACAUGUCAACGGUCUUCAUAUUGUUGUGCUGAAAAUGUGGGUGAAAUGUGAUGUUAUCUCAGCCCCCCCCCCCCCCACCCCCCACUCCACUUUUAAGUUCAUUCAUGUGACUGUUACUCAUUUGUAUACUUUAUAAAUAAGUCUUUUUGGUACAACUGUUCUACCUCAGCGGGCACCAUGUCACAGUUAUUGAGUAGGAAUGUGAACGCUACACUCGAGUGCGGCCCAUCAACCUCAGACUGCGAGCUCUGCUGUUGGAGUCGUCCUGCUCAUACAAACAGAGGAUGCUCUCUCCACGGGGACGCUAUUGUGGCCUGACUAGUGCCAUUGUUAAGAAUGUCAACUGCAGAUUUCUUUUUUCUGACUUUCCCAGUUGAAGGCAAACAGUGCCUGUAAUGUCAAGCUGUGCCUGUUCGCUGGUUUAAUAAAGAGAGAGAAUUGUUCAGAAAAACCUGCUCCUCCGUGGGAUGUACAAAUCAGGAAUUCUCACACUCCUGCCAUUUUUCCUGUAUCGAGUAAAUUAUUCCGAUUUUGCCAACUACUUCUGUGGUGGAGUCGAGCAUUAUUUUAUUUUGCCACAGAACUGGACCGUAUGCUAGAGCAGCCGAGAGCAACACGUCAUUUCUCUGUGUAAAUCUUAACAGAAAGGUUGUCGAUCUACCCUGAAAAGUGGCCUUUAUAGUGUGAAAUUUUAUACUUUCAAAAUAAAUGUGGUUAUAUUUG